AUGAGCAGCGUUCGGCAGUUGCUGCAUCGGCAGCUACGUGGGAUAGCGAGGCAACCUCCCUUGAGCUCGCGGGCGCUCGUCACAAGACCAGUGCCCUUCACCAGAGCUCAGAAGCAGCAAUUACAAUGUCUCCGGGUCCCUCCUAUCUACGGAUACCAGAGAUGUAUCUCGUCGACUGCGCGCGCCCAGUCAACCGACGUUUUUCAUGCACAGCGCAAUGACCCUUCGAUGGCCGCCAUUCUUUCGGCAAUGGAGUCAUCCAAGGCUGUCCCGCAGACUCUGACGGAAAAGAUUGUACAACGUUAUUCUGUUGGCCUUCCUGCAGAAAAAUUUGUCAAAUCUGGCGACUACGUUACGAUAUCUCCUUACCGCGUUAUGACUCAUGAUAAUAGUUGGCCUGUUGCUUUGAAGUUUAUGUCGAUAGGUGCUUCUAAAUUGAACGAUCCUACCCAAAUUGUGAUGACCCUCGAUCAUGACGUACAGAACAAAUCAGAAAAGAAUUUGAAGAAGUAUGAGCAGAUUGAAAAUUUUGCGAAAACCCACGGGGUGGAUUUUUAUCCUGCAGGCAGAGGUAUCGGUCACCAAAUUAUGGUUGAAGAAGGAUAUGCCUGGCCUGGAACGCUGGUAGUUGCAUCUGAUAGCCAUUCCAACAUGUAUGGUGGCGUUGGCUGUCUCGGCACACCUGUCGUUAGAACCGAUGCUGCUAGCAUCUGGGCCACUGGAAAGACCUGGUGGCAGAUUCCCCCGGUCGCAAAGGUUACCUUUCAAGGAGUGCUCCCGAAAGGGGUCACUGGGAAAGAUGUCAUCGUUGCGCUCUGCGGUCUAUUUGACAAGGAUGAUGUUCUCAAUCAUGCUAUUGAAUUUACGGGAUCCGAGGAAACAAUGCGAAGCCUACAGAUCGAUGACCGCUUGACAAUCGCUAACAUGACUACUGAAUGGGGUGCUUUGAGUGGGCUGUUCCCGAUGGACUCGAUAUUAAAGGGGUGGCUGAGGGCUAAAGCAACUACGGCUGCUAUGUGGGGGUCGACCGUUCCUGAACUACAGAGUUCUGCUCCUGAAAGAUUCCAGCAUUCUAUAUUGGAAAACCUUUUCGAAGAAUCUCUCACCGCAGAUAAGGGAGCUAAAUACGCCAAGGAGUUGUUCCUUGACUUGUCUUCUCUAUCGCCAUAUGUUGCUGGACCCAACUCUGUGAAAGUUGCCACACCCCUGAAAGAGUUGGAGGCGCAGAACAUCCAAGUUAAUAAGGCAUACCUGGUAUCGUGUACGAAUUCUAGGGCAUCCGAUAUUGCCGCAGCUGCCAAGGUAUUCAAGGAAGCUGCCGAGAAGAACGGUGGACAAAUACCCAGGAUUUCAGAUGGUGUUAAAUUCUACAUCGCAGCCGCAUCCAUCCCGGAGCAACGCGCUGCUGAGGAGGCGGGUGACUGGCAGGCCUUGCUUGAAGCUGGAGCUGAGCCUCUUCCGGCUGGAUGUGGCCCGUGCAUCGGCCUCGGAACUGGCUUACUGGAACCCGGCGAAGUUGGCAUCAGUGCGACAAACCGAAAUUUUAAGGGUAGAAUGGGAAGCACUGACGCAAAGGCAUAUCUCGCUAGUCCUGAGAUUGUCGCAGCCAGUGCGCUUAGUGGCAAGCUCAGUGGUCCUGGGUGGUACCAGGCCCCCGAGGGGUGGACCGGUGUUAUUCGCGGUGAAGGUAAUGGCAACGAAAUGAUAACUGCCGAACAAGCCCUGGAAAAAGUAAUUGGGCAGCUGGAUAAUAUGGUCGAGGAUGCGGAGAAGCUAUUUGGCAGCGAAAGUGCACAGACUUCGGACGACGGUGCUCUGACGGAAGUCUACCCCGGAUUCCCUGAACGAGUGUCUGGCGAAAUCAUUUUCUGUGACGCAGAUAACAUCAAUACUGAUGGUAUCUAUCCUGGGAAAUACACGUAUCAGGAUAACAUUCCCUACGAACAGAUGGGCGAAUACUGCAUGGAGAACUACGACACACAGUUCCGAAGCGUUGCUAAGGGUGGUGACAUCCUUGUAACUGGAUAUAACUUUGGUUGUGGCAGUUCUCGAGAACAAGCUGCUACCGCAAUCUUAGCCAAAAAGAUCCCUCUUGUGGUAUCCGGCAGUUUUGGCAACAUCUUCUCGCGUAACAGCAUCAACAAUGCGCUGAUGGGCCUGGAAGUUCCGCGGCUAGUCGCUCGUUUAAGAGAGACCUUUGCGAGCGAUGCGGCUAGUGAUAAACAGCUGACACGUCGAACAGGCUGGACUUUAACGUGGGAUGUGCGUCGGAGCCAAAUUGAGGUCCAGGAAGGCCCUGACGGACCGAAGUGGACCCAGAAGGUCGGAGAACUGCCACCCAACGUGCAAGAGAUCAUAGCUCUUGGCGGAUUGGAGAAGUGGGUAAAGAACUCCAUUUCAUCAUAG